AUGUUGAAUAGCAUUGACACGAAAGGAACCGUGGGUUUAGCUACCUCUGGCGCACGAAAGACAUCGUGGGAAAUAGCGCGCGCCAAGAGAGAGAGCGAGUAUGACGAUUCACUCAUUGGGUUAAAGGGGGGACAAAUAUUCCACGAAAUGAUGAAACGACAUGGCGUGAAACAUAUAUUUGGAUACCCUGUGGGUGCCAUUCUUCCGGUUUUUGAUGCCAGAUACGAGUCAAGCCACUUUGAUUUCAUUCUCCCCAAACACGAACAAGGUGCUGGGCAUAUGGCACAAGGAUAUGCGCGGGCUACCGGAAAACCAGGCGUCGUACUUGUCACAUCUGGUCCUGGGGUGACGAACAUGGUAACACCCAUGCAGGACGCUCUAUCCGACUGCACUCCGAUCGUAGUCUUCUGCGGGCAAGUUCCUACAAGGGUUAUUGGCACUGAUGCGUUCCAGGAGUCUGAUGCCGUGGGGAUCUGUGGGGCUUGUUCGAAAUGGGCUGUGACGGUCAAUGAAAUUGACGAGCUUCCCCAGCGCAUCACGGUCGAUGUUGUCGGAGUAGCCGACAAUCAGAGCAAAGAACUCGAAAGGACUCUCAACCGAGUAGCAAGGCUAGUCAAUCAAGCUCGUAAGCCUGUUAUAUAUACUGGACAAGGAACCAUUCUGUCGGAAAACGGCCCAGAGUUACUGAAGGAACUAGCAAAUAAGUGCUCUAUCCCUGUGACAACAUCGCUUCAGGGGCUCGGCGCUUUCGAUGAGCUCGACGACAAAGCCCUUCAUAUGCUCGGGCUACACGGAACCGCCUACGCCAACAUGGCGGUCCAAAAGGCUGAUCUGAUUUUGGCCCUUGGUGCUCGUUUUGACGACCGCGUCACCAUGAACGUAUCGAAGUUUGCCCCGGCUGCGUUCACUGCCGAGAAAGAAGGACGAGGCGGUAUCGUGCACUUUGAGAUACUACCAAAGAAUAUAAAUAAGGUGGUUAACGCUACUGAGGCUGUCGAAGGGGAUGUGUCAACUAAUCUAAGACUCCUACUGCCCCUGCUUCGAGCAGUUGAUCCCCUCGACGAAUCACGUAAAGACUGGCUAUCUGCUAUUCAAGAAUGGAAGAGUACCUGGCCAAUAUCGGACUUCGAUCGGACCAGCCGACCCGGAUUGAUCAAACCGCAGGUUGUCGUCGAACGGCUGAGUCACCUAGUCGAGAAACGAAGGGGAGACGUAUUUAUCACAACCGGCGGAUUGGGUACGAUGGGAUUUGGCUUACCAGCGGCUAUCGGUGCCAAGGUUGCACAUCCAAGCGCACUGGUAAUUGACAUUGAUGGUGAUGCGUCAUUCAGCAUGACCUUAACCGAGUUAUCAACAGCGGCUCAAUUCAAUGUCGGCGUGAAGAUCCUACUGCUAAACAACGAUGAGCAGGGCAUGGUCACACAGCUUCAGAAUGCCUACUACGAGGAUCGCUAUGCACAUGCGCAUCAUGAGAAUCCCGACUUUGUGAAAGUAGCUGAGUCCAUGCAUGUGGAAGCUCGCCGUGUCUCUGAUCCUCGAGAAUUAGAUGAGAGUCUCACCUGGCUCUUAAAAACGCGAGGCCCAGCUCUUCUUGAGGAAGUGACAGAUAGGAAAGUUCCUGUGCUGCCGACCGUUCCAUCGGGACGCGGACUAGACGAAUUUACACCAUACAGCCAAGAAAAGGAGAAUCAAAGGCGGUUACUCAUUCGGCGGCGAACACAAGGUCUUCAUGGUUGA